GCAGGAAGGAAAAGGAAGCGAUCAUCAUUACAUUAGUACUACAUGUAGUAUAUCAGGAAAGAACUCUAUAGGGUAGCCCCCCGCUCUCGCUCUAGCUAGCCCAGUGCCUAGAGAUAGAUCUACUGUUUCUGCAUUAAAAGUAUAUCUAGCUCCACAAUGGACUCAAGCAGAGAAGCAGCCAGGAGGAGUCGUGAGCUCAACCAAAGAUUCUCCAGCAUUGAUCAAUACAUCAAUCAUCAGUUCCACUUACCCAAGAUCAGGCUCUUCUUCCAACUAUUGGGGCUGGGGGGAGGAGAUGUGGGGAAGGUGAUCAACUUACGAAAGUUCUACUCAUUUCUAUCAGCUCACCCCGAGUACAAGCGCAGAGCAUUGGAGAUGACCCAAUACAUACUAACUUUUGUGGGUGUACAAGAGUCGAAUAUUAUCGACCUCGAUCAGCAAGCUUUGGAGUAUUGCAAACAUGCUUUGGUGUAUCCUUCUGCUGUAAUCGGAGUGUGUAAUCAAGUCUCGAGGGAAAAUUUUGUUCAACUUCAAUCUCUCGGGGGAGACAUUCUCGAAUGUGACUCCGGAAAAAUUGAAUCUAUAGAGAAACUGUGUUUACUACUGCAUCGUAAGACUUUGAUAUCGAGUGGUGAUGUCUCCUUGCUUGCUCAGUGGUUGGAAACGAUUGGACGCUCUGAAUUGGCUAAGAGAUUGGAAGAUUACACCAGAACUGGGCAGUACAAUGAUCCGGUGAUAAGUAGUGACGGGAGUUUCCCUACACAACCCAUUCAAGCUUCAGACGGAGCAGGUGGUGAGAACGGCCGAGGUGGUAAUAACAUUAGUACUUUCAGUAUCACAGGUGGUGAGAAUGGCCAAAGUGGUGGUAACAUUGGUACUUUCAGUAUCGCAGGUGCCACUGGGGACACGGCUGUUGAAAGGGAUGCCCCUGCUAAUCAAGAGGAGGACAGCUCAUCAGGAAAUCACCUGAUGCCUCCUGGAUCAAGUCAGAUGGUCAAAAUCACAAGCUUCACAAAAGUGCAAGAUGCAGAACAGCCGCCAUCAUUCACCACUCAAGACUCUACAACUUCUACCAUUUCCGACGAGUUACUCAUCAAUGAAGAGUCUAAACUUAUACUGGAUACUGACAAUGACAAUGGACUACCUAUUCAAUUUAAUACCCACAACCACCGACGACAACUUCCCAACCGAAAAUGUAACAUCCCAUUGACACUUACCGUCAUAGUAUGCAUUCUAUUAGGAAUACUAACUUCUCUAGGCUGUAUUGGGAUAGGUGUGUACAAUGCUCCUCACUCUAACUCUAACCUGAAGGUGUACGCGACUGUACAGCAAGUGGUGAUUGUGGCUGAUUUUAGCGACCCUUUUAAACUCUCCACUAGUUCAAUACAUGAGUGCCCAUCUUCAGACGAGUUCUCACACACCAACAACCUUUAUGUCGUGCCCAACAACCAGUUGCUACGUAGAACUCGAAACAACACUAAAACCUCGAAUGGUAUCCUCAAUCAGCCUAAUUCUCAGUGCACUUUAAACGUUCUAGGUGAUCACUUCUAUUUACUUUCUGGCUCGAAAAUCGAUUUCAGCAUUUGUCUAAUGGCAAUUGAAGAUCCUGGGCUUUCAGGAACUUUGUUGAUAUUCGACAACAAUGAUGCACAUACUCAGUACCUCCAAGAGGACAACUGUCUAAGCAGAAAAGGAGCUCAAAGUCACAAUCUUCGUAUAGGCAGUCCCGGCAAUUUCGAGUGUACAAAUUUGACAUACACUUCUCUAGUCAAUGGCUACCAUUACAUCAUUGCCGAUACUCCGGGAAAUAUCCAGUUUUACUAUCGCUAUGACUACUUACAGUAUUACCUCGAUGCAACCGACUUCUCCGAGCCUCCUGCUUGUACGUUUGGUUACAGUGGAGAUAAUCAGUGCGAUCUCGGAGGAAUUUCUAGGAGUCCCGUUUAUCUGGCUGUAUAUGUGAAUAAAGGCGACUUUGAUAAUUCGUUCUCAACUCAUUUGUGUCUAGUGACGAGAUGGACACAUUUUUUAACAGCGAUAGUGGCUAGCUUAGGAGGCAUUUGUGUUGCAUGCUCUCUUUUAGCAAUGGUGUUUUGUGUCUUGUGUCUGUGCAGAUAUUGUCGACAGCAAACGAUAGUGCACGUGUAGAUCGAUCGAUCUAGUCGUGUUUCUUUGGAUAUGAUUUCAUGUAUUAUAAUUAUGUUAAUUAUAUUAUUGUAAUUUUUUUUGUAAUUGUUAUUUUUUUACCUCCUUUUCAUGCAUUGUUAAUUUAUCGAAUGCAUAUAUACAAGUGACCAUAGAUUAUUUUGAUGUGAUG